AUGCUGCUGGAUGAUAAUCUAAAUAAAAAUGGUAUCUCUUCAGUUCCGUGUGGACCAGCACAAGUCCAUGCUGAGGUGCAGUGUCCAUCAGGAGUGUUGUCCAUGAGCUGGAACAGGACAGAAGACGCUGGAGGUUACACCACUAGCAUUGUGUCUGUGAGCACUGGAGAGCAGGUUUACUGUAACUCUACCGAACCGUUCUGCAGCGUGAGCGCCCUCCAGUGCGGCGAGUCCUACUCUGUACAGGUCAGGUCCUACAAUGGCACCUGUCUGAGCAUGCCGACUGAAUCUCUGGUGAUCAAAGAGGUGCCGUGUGUGCCCACUGACGUGAUUCUUAAACGGAUGUGUGCUAACAGCUCAGUUGAGGUCUCGUGGAAUGGCAACUAUGGUGCUCAAUCCUAUGUGGCCAUUGCCGUGGAUGACAGUGGGAACAGCUCAAAAUGCUAUUCUAACACAACCACAUGUAGCUUCACUAACCCGCGGUGUAGCAGUGUUUAUUUCAUCAGGGUGCGGGCUGUGAACAAUAACUGCUCCAGUCUGGAAAGUCAGAACGUCACCCUGCACACAGUUCCUUGUCCACCAACAAAUGUUCAGAGUAGUCUGAAUUGUAGCACUAACUCUAUUAGCGUGUCAUGGGAUGCCAGUAUUAGCGCUGUGUCAUAUAGAGGCAGAGCUGUAGGUGAAGAUGGGCACAGCGUGACAUGUGAUGUCAGCUCUCCAGCAUGCCAGUUAAAUGACCUGCACUGUGGACAGGUGUAUGUGAUUACCAUAAUAUCAUCUGAUGGUACCUGUGACAGCCCAAACAGUCAGGAGCACAGACAUAAGACAGAGAUCCCCAAACGAGUAAAGCCGUUCAAUGAAUCAGUCUGCCUAAACCCCACCUUUCGGUAG